AUGGCUGCGUCCAUAACACGGCGCUUAUGGCCUUUGCUGGCAAGCCGAGGACUCUGGUCCCGAGGAAGCUGCGCCUGCAACCCAAAGAGAAAUUUCGCUACGGAGAGGCAGGAACGGAACCUCUUGUAUGAGCACGCGCGCGAGGGGUACAGCGCUCUCCCUCAGCUGGACAUGGAGCAGCUCUGCGCAUGCCCGGAGGAGGCCGCGCGUGCUUUGGAGCUCCGCAAGGGGGAACUACGGCCGGCUGACCUACCCGCCAUCAUUUCAACAUGGCAGGAACUCAGGCAGCUGCAGGAACAGAUCCGGAGCUUGGAGGAGGAGAAGGGGGCCGUGGCUGAGGCAGUGCGAGCCAUGCUGGAUACCCAAGACAAGAAUCAACUGCAGCAGGACCCCCAGUAUCAGGGUCUGCUGGCACGUGGCCGGGAGAUCCGGAAGCAGCUUAUCCCCAUGUACCCCAGGGAGACCAAGCUGAAGGAACAGUUCUAUCUGCGGGCACUGCGGCUGCCCAACCAGACCCACCCCGAAGUGCCUGUCGGGGACGAAAGCCAGGCCCGAGUGCUCCAUGUUGUCGGAGACAAGCCAGCUUUUUCUUUCCAACCCCGGGGUCACCUGGAAAUUGGUGAGAAGCUGAACAUCAUCCGUCAAAAGCGCCUGUCCCAUGUGUCCGGCCACCGUUCCUAUUACCUGCGAGGGGCCGGGGCCCUCCUGCAACACGGCCUGGUUAACUUCACCCUCAGCAAACUCAUCCAGCGGGGCUUCACCCCCAUGACGGUACCAGACCUUCUCCGCGGAGCUGUGUUUGAAGGCUGUGGAAUGUCACUGAAUGCCAGCCCAUCCCAAAUUUACAGCAUCGACCCUUCCCGCUUCCAAGACCUGCACCUUGCGGGGACAGCGGAGGUUGGGCUUGCAGGUUACUUCAUGGACCACACCGUGGCCUUCAAGGACCUACCAGUCAGGAUGGUUUGUUCCAGCACCUGCUACCGGGCGGAGACAGACACAGGGAAGGAGCCAUGGGGGCUGUAUCGAGUGCACCACUUCACCAAGGUGGAGAUGUUUGGGGUGACAGGCCCGGGGCUAGAACAGAGCUCACAGCUGCUGGAGGAGUUCCUGUCCCUGCAGAUGGAGAUCUUGACAGAGCUGGGCUUGCACUUCCGGGUCCUGGACAUGCCCACCCAGGAACUGGGCCUCCCCGCCUACCGGAAAUAUGACAUUGAGGCCUGGAUGCCCGGCCGAGGCUGCUAUGGAGAGGUCACUAGUGCGUCCAACUGCACAGACUUCCAGAGCCGUCGCCUCCACAUCAUGUUUCAGACGGAGAAGGCCACGACGCUGCAGUUUGCCCAUACGGUGAAUGCCACAGCCUGUGCUGUCCCUCGGCUCCUCAUCGCUCUCCUGGAGAGCUAUCAGCAAAAGGAUGGCUCGGUCCUCGUGCCCCCUGCCCUCCAGCCCUACCUUGGCACCGAUCAGAUCACGGCCCCUGCCCACGUGCCUCUCCGCUACAUUGGCCCCAACCAGCCCCGGACACCCAACUCUUCAAGCAGCCUGCCUUGA